AUGUGUAUUAAGGUCCAAAGGAAAUAUUCCUGCCGAAAGUGCUACCUUCUGCUCAAGGAUGAGUGGGAAGACGUCCCUUGUGCAAAGGCAAGGGAGAAGGGCGGUGCCAUGGGCGCCUGCGGGAAACCAGUGUCGAUUGACAGGAAGGAGAUAGAAUCCAUAUGUGCUGAGUGCCUCAAGAAGCAGAAGAAGAAGCGGGGUUACUAG